CAUCGGUGUCGCGCAGACACAGACACAGACACACAUGGCGAGUACAAAGGGAAUGAUGAUGUACAGAGCAUACAGGGCACUGACCUGCGGCCUCUCGCCGCUGUUGCGCCUCCACCUGCGGUGGCGUGCCGUCCGGGGCCUCGACCACCCGCUCCGCUGGGCCGAGCGGCUCGGCCGAGCUUCUCUCCCUCGCCCUCCUGGCCCACUCCUCUGGUUCCACGCCGUCUCUUUAGGUGAAGCAAUGGCAGCAAUUCCUGUUAUCAAGCACUGUUUGCAGAAGAGACCUGAGGUCAACAUAUUGCUAACCACAACAAGAAUGUCUGCAUUUGAAGUACUAGAGGAUCAGCUUCCAAGUGGGGUCUUGCAUCAGCUUGCCCCUCUUGAUACCCCUGCUGCAAUUGAUGCUUUUUUUGGAUACUGGAAACCCAAUGCUGUCAUGAUAGUGGAGAGUGAAUUGUGGCCAAAUCUUGUUGUUGGUGCUUCAGAAAAUGGGGUUGCACUGGCAUUGCUAAAUGCCCGGAUGUCUGCCAAAUCAUUUGAGCAUUGGUCAAGACCAUUUCUGCUUCCUCUCAUAUCACUCAUGCUAUCAAAGUUUUCUUUGAUAAUUCCAUUGAGCAAUGUGCAGGCCAUUCACUUUCAACUAUUGCAAGCCCCACCCCUUGUGAUAAACUUUGCUGGAGACUUAAAAUACGCUGUUGGAGAAUGUUAUUCUUCUAGAGAAGGGGUUACCUUUGAAGCUCUGAAGGCACAACUAGCCUACAAGAAGGUUUGGAUUGCUUCUUCUAUACAUAGGGGUGAAGAAGAAGUUAUGCUAGGGAUUCACGAAGAUCUCAUGCAAAUGCACCAUGGUGUAGUCAGUAUUAUUGUUCCUCGAUAUCCGGAACAUGGACGAGAGAUAUAUCAAGAAUUGAGGAAAGGAGGACAUAAUGUAGCUUUGAGAUCUCAGCAUGAAAAGCUUGAGCCAGGCACAGACAUAUACAUUGUCGAUACAUUAGGAGAAUUGAGACACCUAUACCGGCUUGCUCCAAUUGCUGUAAUUGGUGGUUCUUUUGUCCCCGGUUUAGCUGGCCAUAACAUGUCAGAAGCUGCUGCAGCUGGCUGUGCUAUUUUAACAGGUCUUUAUGUUGGACAUUUCUCGCAUAUGGUGCUUCAAAUGCAAAAAGUGAAUCCAUUAUCUGUUUUGCAGGUUGCUGGUCGUGAUGAGCUUGUAGAAGUUCUCCACAAACUCUUCACUGAUGCCCAAGUUCUGAAAGAACGUCAAGUAGCUGCAAGGCAAGCAUUCAAUGCUCUCUCAGGUGGUGUUGUUGGCAAGGUUUGGAAUUUAAUUGAAUUCCAUGUUCUCAGACGGUUUCUUUGUUAGAUGCUCCGAACACAUUAAGAUAUCGAUAGAAAGUGUACAGUUGACAUCUUUUUGCUGCCAAUAGCUCUGGGAGAAUCAUUGUAUACCAAAGAACGGAAACACCAAGGAAAAACUCUGAAGUACAGGAUGAAAAUUUGAAAGUGUUAUUACUACAGGUUAAAGCUUCCUCCUUUAGUCUGUUCUCUUUUUAUCACUUUCUCCAGUUUUCAGAACAGCACACUGACAAAAACUUUGAUAACAAGGUGUUUCUUUUAAUUU